UGUUGCGUCGCGCUCUUGCCCUGACCACUCACUAGGGACUUGUAAUCCUGACUGACGCCAAGUAAAAGGAUACAGGCUACCACUUAGAAGCUAUAGAUACUAUAAGGAUCAAUCCCUUCGAACUCUAAAUACAGUAUUCUUAUCUAACCUAUACCCUUAUUAUAUUAUAUGUGAUUAAUAAUUUUCAUGUAUACUGCAAAAAUGUUGACAAGGCUAUAAGAACCCUGCAACUGAAAUUACAAAGUCUACGGACUAUGCUACAUGAGUUUAACUGUCCCCGAAAUAGUUUAGAUUUUGAACUGUCAACUAUUCGCAUUUAAAAUAAACCCUAUUAGAGAGUUCCCGCUAUUGAGGAGAAGUAAAAAACUUGCAGGUUAUAAUUUUUUUUCAAAUUUAAGUAUAUUUUUAUUGGUGCAUCGUUUCAUGUUCGCCGCCCACUGCAGCCUGGACUCUGAUUACUGACAGAAGCAUUGGGAGAAAAUGUUGGAAGACUCGGAUUCGGAGCCCAGUGAGUCUGAACCUCUGGUGCAGCAGCCCAUCGCGACAGGGGCCAUCAGGAAGGACCCUGAUGUUUGGAAAUCUAGUAGCGGAAAAUCCGCUCAAGCCGGCACAAGUUCAGCUCCAUCAGUGAUGAAAAGUCGCAAAAAUCCAGCCCCUGCGCCACCAAUAACCGUCGUGUCGGAAAGUUCUACCGUCACUAACGUAAAGUGCAAUACUAACAAGUCCUCAGGAGACAAAGGAGUCGUCACCAGGAACAGUUCCAAGAGACUUCAGGACUUGGUCUCGCACUUGGAACAAGUCCCAGAAAACGAGGAGCCUGAGGGCAGUUCUGGAGCUGGCAAUGACGACGAGGCUGAGAACGCUUCAUCAGAACCCAACCGAGCCCAGGAAGAUCCAUCGUCUCCUAUCGCUGAGCCUUCGAGCCUGGGCUGUCCAUUUUUCGGAGUCAAAAACUACCUCCAUCACUUCUAUGAUAAGCCCAACGUCAAAGACCCCAGUAUUUACGAAGAUAUUUUACCGUACACAUCAGAUGAAGGAGUGUUCCUCGUGAAGAACACAUCGAUGUGUUCCUCACCAGUGUUCCGGCUCUCAGUCAUCCUUGGGGCCCUCAUCCUGCUGAUGGGGGCCAUAGCCCUCACCGUGGCUGCCUGCUCCACACGCAAGUCUCCUGUUGUGGCCAAGGUAUAA